AUGAGGUCAGGUGGCACAGGGUUCAGACAAGCAGUAGUGUUUAGGCAAGCGCACCAUGGCAGAGCACCUGCUUCAUACUUGUACAGGGUUGGGAUGACUCAUUUGAUGCAGAUGGUCGUCAAGCCUCAGCACGACAAUGAAGCCAUUUACUGCGAUACUCCUUUCAGCCAACGCCUUCCUCUCCCGAAGGAGAUGGGAGGCUGUAUGAGCUGCUUCGUUGCGAUGGCAGGAGUGAAGAUGCCUCUCGUGCGAGGCAUUCCGAAGAAUGCCGUCAAGCUGUCCGAUGCGGAGGGAGCUGGCAGAUACAGCCCCUGGAUGGAGGAGGGCAGCGGCGGUCAGCACAACACUGUUGGACGUAAAGGUCAAGGCCCAAGGGCUGUGGCGAACCAGACACAGGAGCAGUCGCUCCACAUGAUGCACAAGGGACAAGACGGGGUCAUCUACGUGGACUACAUGGGAUCCAUGCUGGAGGACUUUAAUCCCGAGGGCGGUGAGAUCACUUUCAACAACGCGCUAAACCUCCGCCUCAAAUUCCUACGAGGAUGGAAGAAAGACGGCCUGCCUGCUCCUCAAGUUAACGGCAGCGCCGAUGCCGGGAUAUUCUGCAUGCACUGCGGGAAGCCAAGCCCGUCGGAAGCCAUGUUUUGCAGCUCGUGCGGAAAGGUGAAAUGA